CAGUAAAGAAGUUUCCGCCACCAAAGAAUAACGAAUAACUUGUUUGCUUCAAUAUUUCCCUUGUAUGAAUAUGUUGAUGAUCUGUCCUUUCUUACGAAUAUUCACUUAAUCUUUAUUUUUUGAUACCGUACUGUGUGUGCGUAUUUAUAUCUCUAAUUAUCAUGAGAAACUUUCCUCAAGAACAUCCAAAAUAACUACAAUCAAAAUGCUCCUCCUUCCAUUCCUCUAUCCAGCCUUACUCACCCUCUUCGCAUUUACCCCUCUAACCACAGCUGUCAAACCCAAAAAUGCCAUUCUUCUAUCGAAAGUCAAGACCCUCACUCUCCGCGACAAUGCAAAAACCUCUCAUCGUCGAGUCCCUGCCGUACCACAGCUCACAUGUAAUGGUCCUGGAUGUCGAUAUUACAAAGUCGAUGUAAUGCGCUGCACCAAUCAAGGUUCCGACUAUUCCUCGGAAGAUAUACAAUGGUCCUGCACUGCAAAUCUCCCCGAGGAGUUCAAAUUAGGAAGCACGGAUGUUAUUUGUGAAGGGUAUGAUAGUAAGGAUGAUGAAUACGUGUUGAAGGGUAGUUGUGCCGUAGAAUACAGGUUACUAUUGACGGAAGAGGGCGAAGCAAAGUAUGGGAAGAGCUUUUGGGAUGAUGGAAGUGGGGAUAGUUCUGUUGAGAAGGGAAUGAGUCUAUUGUUCUGGUUGAUAUUUAUGGGAGUUUUGGGGUGGAUUCUGUACUCGAUGUUGCAGAACUGGAGAGACGGACCGGCUAAUCAUCAAGCUAGGAGAGGAGGUGGAGGAGGUGGUUUUGGAGGAUGGGGAGGGUGGAGGGGUGGAGGGUGGAGGAGGACCAGGCGAUGAUGAACCCCCACCACCAUACCCGGGAACUGGAAAAAGAUCUACAAGAAAUUAUGGCGCAGCUGAACAAGCAUGGAGACCUGGAUUCUGGACUGGUGCAGCGGCAGGUGCUGCUGGGGGUUAUUUUGCAGGAAACAGAGCGAAUAGACAACAGAAUCAAGGCCUUGGUGGCUGGGGUGGUGGAAGUGGAAGUGGAUGGGGUACAGGCUCGCGGUCUGGAAGCUCAAGCUCUCCCUCUACCAAUACUCGCUCAAACACAGGAUUCGGGUCCACGUCCAGAAGAUAAAUGCACCAGUUGCUCAGUAGCCCGGUAGUCCAGAUAAGGCACUUAGAAUAAUUAUUCUCCUUGAUAAUGGAGGGGCGACUAAAGGAAAAACGGGUCCAAGGGUCUUUCUUGGGUGACUUAUUUGGUGUUAUGUAAACUUUCAUAGUUCAUUUUACUACCAACGCUUCCCCAUCAUCUGUUCAGUUUUGU